UGCAGGGAGCUCCUGGCAGUCACCAUGAAGCGUCUCAACCUGCUCUGCUGCUGCGUGGCCUCGCUCCUGCUCCUCGGCACCGCAGAGCCCCACGGCCCCAGCAAGGACCAUGCUGGUGGUGCUGCCGAAAGCCCCCUGCCAGCCGCAGAGCCCAGGCUGGAGGAGAAGGCAGCUGACAGAAGCCCUGAGGAGCACCAAGAUGGUGGCCCCAUCAAUGUCUCCUCGCCCGGUGCUGCUGAGGGACCUGGAGAAGGGGACAAAGAGCUGGCGGGUGGCCUGAGUGGGGACCUGGGUCCAGAGGCUGUCCCGCUGGAGGAGAAGACCACUGCUGGGAAGGGCCAGGAGGGGACUGCUGAGGCACAGAGCCCAGGGGAAGAUGCCCCGUUGGGCACCCCUGAGGCAGCACAUCAUGAAGGGAACCGUGGGCCUGGCCCACAAGAUGGAUUCCCUGCCCAAAAGGAUGAGGAGCCUGGCGCUGAGGAAGGAGGCUCUGAGGAGCAAGGGCAGCCUGGGGAAGAGAAAAUGGGGAAGCUGAGAGCAGCGUCUGUUCCUGAGGGGGGAGAGGAAGGGGGAAAGCAAAGCUCAGAGGAAGAUGAUGAGCAGGGGGAGUCUGAGGAAGAUGGAAGUGAGACAGAGUCCAAGGAGGGAGAGUCUAAAGAAGAGGAAGAGUCUGAGGAAGAUGGUGCCAGGCCAGCAGAGCCAGAGAAUGGAGAUGAAAGGAGCAACGAGGAAGCAGCUGGAGGUUCUGGUGAAAAGGAACAAGGCAAACCAGUGGCUGCCAGCAAGAAGGAAGGCAGGGAUGGCCAUGCCAGCUGCCAUCACCCACCCUGUGGGGACACAGCAGAAGACCCACCAGCAGCAGAAGACCCACCGGCAGCAGAAGACCCACCAGCAGCAGAAGACCCACCAGCAGCAGAAGCCCCCCCAGCAGUGGUGGAAAACCCACCAACUUCAGAAGACCCACCAACAACACAAGACCCACCAGCAGUGGUGGAAAACCCCCCAGCAGUAGAAGAGCCCCUUGCAGACAAGGCAUCGGUUGCAGAAACAGAGAGUCCCCCUGGGCACAGCCCCCAGCCAGCUGCUGCCAGGUUCCGGCACAGCCAGAUAGAAGAGGUUGAAGAUGCCAGCGAACCGACCAAGCGUGACCGGUCCCACCUGGAGAACACCCUCAAGCUGAAUGAGGACAAACCUGCUGAUGAUGUCUCAGGAGUACUGCAGCGGCUGAGGAAGAUCUACCACUCCUCCAUCAAGCCUCUGGAGCAGUCCUACAGAUACAACGAGCUGAGGCAGCACGAGAUCACAGCUUACCCCGGACGCACCCUGGGCUCCUCCGCCACAGAUGGGGAGAUCACUUCCAAGCCAAUGGUGCUAUUCCUGGGACCGUGGAGUGUCGGCAAAUCCUCCAUGAUAAACUACCUCCUGGGGCUGGAUAACACUCCCUACCAGCUCUACACAGGGGCGGAACCCACCACCUCCGAGUUCACUGUCAUCAUGCAUGGCCCCAAGCUGAAGACCAUCGAGGGCAUCGUGAUGGCUGCUGACAGCGCUCGCUCCUUCUCGCCCCUGGAGAAGUUUGGGCAGAACUUCUUGGAGAAGCUGAUUGGGAUAGAAGUGCCUCACAAGCUGCUGGAGCGAGUCACCUUCGUAGACACACCGGGCAUCAUUGAGAACCGCAAGCAGCAGGAACGAGGUUACCCGUUCAAUGACGUGUGCCAGUGGUUCAUCGACAGAGCUGACCUCAUCUUUGUUGUCUUUGACCCUACGAAGCUGGACGUGGGCUUGGAGCUGGAGAUGCUCUUUCGCCAGCUGAAGGGCCGUGAGUCUCAGAUCCGGAUCAUCCUGAACAAAGCUGACAGCCUGGCUACCCAGGAGCUCAUGAGAGUCUACGGCGCCUUGUUCUGGAGCCUUGCUCCUCUCAUCAACGUCACAGAGCCACCCAGGGUGUACGUCAGCUCCUUCUGGCCCCACGACUACCAUCCCGAUACCCACAGAGAGCUGUUCCUCAAAGAGGAGAUAUCACUGCUGGAAGAUCUCAACCAGGUGAUUGAGAACAGGAUGGAGAACAAGAUCGCCUUCAUCCGCCAGCACGCCAUCCGCGUGCGCAUCCACGCCCUCCUGGUCGACCGCUACCUUCAGACCUACAAGGACAAAAUGACCUUCUUUAGUGAUGGAGAACUGGUGUUCAGGGACAUUGUGGAAGAUCCUGACAAGUUCUAUAUCUUUAAGUCCAUUCUGGCAAAGACCAAUGUCAGCAAAUUUGACCUCCCCAACCGCGAGGCUUACAAGGACUUCUUUGGCAUCAACCCCAUCACCAGCUUUAAGCUGCUGUCUCAGCAGUGUUCCUACAUGGGAGGGUGUUACCUGGAGAAGAUUGAGAAGGCCAUCACCCGGGAGCUUCCCGAUCUCUUGGGAAGCAUCGGGUUGGGGAAGAAGCCCAAUGUUCUCUCCUGCGACGUCACCGGCUGUGGCGAAACCCCAAAGAAUCGCUACAAGAAGCACUAAGGUGUUCUGUAACAUAAACCUCCACGUGUUCCUACUGGUGAAUGUGCUUAUGUCUUAUCUGUCCAAGAAGCUGUGGUUUGUUAACCUUUGAGUGCCGCGCCGGCAGAGGCUACUGUACGAUAAGGACUCGGAGUCAUUGGCAUCGGUGGCAGGGGAAGAUGGGUGGGCAUAAGAAAGAGAAUAAAAACUGUGAAUUCCUGACAUUUUAUCUUUGUUCUUUUGAGUAGAAGGCAAUGUUUAAGCUGUAAGUAUGAGCCGGGCAUGCUGAGCUAGAACUGUAGCUGCUUUUCCAGUGGUGCCAAGAGAGCAUGAACAGGAAUUUCAACCUCUGCAUCCUCGAAGCCAGCAGGGAGUGAGAACGAGGGCACGGCAUGAGAGCACAGGGGGAGAGCAGGACCUGGGGCAUCACUGGGAGCAAAGCACUGGGCAAGAAAAGAGCUGUUGUUUUCAGGCACAAACAUCCAAUAGAUCUCUGCAAAUACUGAUCUUGUUUUUCUUUCCAAGACUUCUAGGUCAUCCAGUGAGUUCUCCUUUCACUUAACAGCCGAGUUGAACUUCUGCAGCAUUCACCUGGGCGUUCAUCUUUAAGAAAGGGCUUUUGCAGGGGCAUUUGUAGCACCACACAGGUUGCUGUGACCGGAUUUGCAAGUCCAUAUCAGAGGAAGAAGUGGGCUGGAAAGGAGCUACCGGCUCUGGUUGAGCUGUGCUGGAAGAGGAGGGCCAGCACCCUGAACCAAACAGUCCUUCAGGAGCAGGUUUUCCUCCCCCUGGGCCAGCACAGGGCCAGGGCACAUCAUGCCUGCAUGUUCAUUAACCACAAAACCCCAGGCUGGUGAGUCAAGCCUGAGGGUCAGAGAGGCUCCAAGGGUUGAGGGUUUGCCAGUUUGACCUCGUUCAAAUCCAUGUUGCUGUUGUCUCAGUCAGACCCCCAUGUUCUGCGCUCUAUGGAGGGCAGCAGGAACAGGGGGGGUCACUAGCCACAUCCUUUUUGUUCAUCUGCUGAUCUGUUCUCCCCAGGACAAUCCAGGCAGGUUUCUGUGGCUUGUUAGCUAAACUUCUCCCAUUUUAGCCACUUGUUGGAUCAUCUCUGCGCAGAGGCGUUGAGUCUGAGAGGAGAAGUAUUGCUUUGGAAGCACCCGAGCAGGGUGAGGUUCUCCAUGGACUGCCAACCAUGAAACCUGUCAGUGGAAGCCAGGGGACUAAGGGUGGCCAGCAUGUCUGGCAGCUGAGCUGAGCACAAACUGACCAAGAGGUAGAUGUUGGAUGGAGACCAGCACCUUCAAGCACACCAAUGACCUGCUGAACGUCCUCUCUCCUUCCUCCUGUCAACCGACCAUGGCUUGUGCUGCUCUCCAGGAAGCCUCUGGAUCAGAGAGACUUAACCUUUGACAGGAACAAGAAGAUGUGGAGGUGCUGGCUGAGGCAAGAAAAAGGCAAAAGGAAUGAAAGAGGGAAAGAGAAAGCUGAGAAUGGAAGGCUCUGUUGUGAUGGGAAGGGUGUGAUGGGCAGUGACCCUCAUCUCCAAGUGCCCAAAGGGACAUAAGCUAAGGCAGAAGGUCCAUGGAAGCUCCACUUCCCCUGGCACCAAGGCCAGAUGCUGCAAAGAAGAGGUUCCCUCAAGUCCAGGUGAGUUUUGGGGGGAUACUACCCCAGUGACUUCCAUGCUCCUUUCCUCUGCUUUGAGGUAGGACCUUACUUUUGAACUAAUGCAGACGAGACCCAAAUCUACUCCCAAGCAUAGGAAGGGGCAUGGCUCAUGCAGGGGGAUUUUGCCUCCGGUGCAGAGGGAACCAGAGGUCUGAGGGAAGGCAAGCAGAGUGUCAGAGAAAGUCAGAGAGCCUGGAGAGAAGUGAUGUGCUUGUGAGUCAGCACCACGAGGUCUCAAACCUGCCCCAGAGCUGCCCCCUCGGCUGCUGCUCCUUCUUCUUUCUUGUACGUGAUCCUGUUGCUCAUCAGCUCUGUCUCGCCCACUCCUCGCCUCUCACUCUCCUCCACUGUGGUUUGCUGAAGAGCUGGUGGUACAGAACCACCAACAGGAAUGGGCUCCUGCUGUCACUGUUCCUGCUGUCACUGUGUGCCACUCUCUCAGCACACAUAACCCACCAAACCCUUCUGGCUGCAAGCGCCGUAUCGCGCCAUCUCUUUCCUUGCUGUGCCCCCAAGGCCCGUGGGCUCUGGAAUAACCAAGGAAAGGCAUCCCAUCCCAGGAAGGAUUCUUUCAGGCCCCUCCCAUUAUUCUUCCCAUCCCUUCUUUGUUUUCUUUUGCUUUACUCUCCAGCACUCAUUGCCUACUCUCCACCCUUUCCCUUCCCCGCAGCACUCACAGGUCCUGGAUGGGGCUCCCUGUGGCAGCCCAAGCCCUUCCCCACCCCAACCCCACCCCAAGCCCCCAGUAUCGUAGGUUGGGGUUCUCUGCCCAAACUGGUGCCAGUGUGCUCUGCAGCUGGGGCUUUUUUCUGCUCCCUGUGAUGCACCUUGACACCAACAACAUGCUUUCUGCUCCCUGGAUCCAAGAGGCUGUCAGUCCCAAGAGGAUUGCAGUCCCCAGCCCAGCUCUCCUUGAGCAUUUUUAGGCGAGCACUGGUAAUCUGGGAAUGGAAACAGGGAGAAGGGAGACCUUUCCAUGUUGCUUUUCAUGAAGCCCCCAAGACACUGAGGGGCAGUGAGCUUCUUGACAAAGAGCAUCUCAGGAGGGAGGGAGCUGGGACACAGGCCUGCCUAGGUGCCCUUGAUCAUGUGCAUUGGGAUAAAACUGUCAGCUUGAACAUCAGCCUGUCUAAUAAAACCUGGUAUUUUCCAAACACA